AUGACUGGAAAGGCCAAAGCUGCUCUAGAAGAGCAGACUAUCAAAACUUUGUCAAAGAAGCAAAAAAACAACAGCAGUGGAGAUAGUGGGAACAUGAACCUGAAGAAAGUCAAAAAAACCCCUACUGCCUGGCCUGUCACAGCACCAUUGUCUCCAUGUCCAAAGAUGUUUUUGAGUCAGCAGGCUGUUGUGCAUACUGAGGAAGAAGAGAAUGCAUUGAUUGUACAAAGAUGA